AUGCGCCCGCUCUCGUCCUCCUACGCCGCGCUCGUCUUGACCGCUGUCGCCGCGUCUGCCGCUUCAGCGCGCCGCAUGCAGCAGCCGCACGCCUUGCGCGGACUGCAGGCCAACACGAGCCACGUGGACAUGACCGGUAUGGACACGAGCCACGUGGACAUGACCGGUAUGGACAUGAGCAACAUGGCCAUGGCGCCUCCGCCGUCCAUGGCGUCGGGCUCGUCUCCCGGUGGGGACUUUCGCUGCCCCGUCUGCGGCAUGUCGACGCAGGACAUGGGGUACAACAACCUGAACCACGUGGGACUCGAGCACGGGCAGAUCGUCUACACGUGCGGCAUGGAGCCGCGUCCCUUUGACGACUACAAGACGGACCACACGGACACGUCGUACCUGGCGGCCAACGUGGCCGAGUUUAUUGUCAAUUCCACCGCUGCCACUGCCUUUGCCGAGUGCGCAGACACGUGCGACGCGUGCGCCGACGGCAUUCGCGACCCCGUGACAGGGGCCGCCGUCACGACGGCCAACUACCACUACGUCUGCCUCGUGAACGGCCAGAAGAUCUACUUUGCUUCGGCCGCCAGCCAGAACGAGUACCUGAGCAACGUCAACACCGAGCCGCGCUACCUCGUGGACAGCGUCGUGUGCGAAAACAACACGUGUGCAGACGCCGAGAGCAUUACAGAGCUCAGCGCCGCGGCACAGGCGUUUGUACCGGAGCUGUCCACUUCCGGUCGCAACAGCUCAGGCGGUCGGUCGAAUGCCUCGAACUCGACCAGUGACGAUCCAGCGGCUGCCAGCGGGUCAAGCAGCGCGGCGCCCGUGCACUCGUCUAUUGGUGUAGCAGUUGCUCUUGCCAGUGUAUUGGCUGCAGUGGCUGCAGUGAUGUAG